CGUCGCCGCGGCCGCACGCGCACGUCGCGCCAUGACACGCCCCCUGUUGCCCGUGCUCGCGCUCGCGCUCGCCGCCCUCGCCAUCGUAGCCGCCGACGCCACAGACGAUCUAUCGCGACCCCGAAUCCUAGAUUUCAACCCAUGGUCAUGGUUGCCCAGUAACAGUAACCGAUCACCUUCAGUCAUGGAUUAUUUUUUCCCACCUUCCCGAACACCGAAGAAUUCCAAUCUCGAUCCCCCGGCCGAUCGUUCGCCGCCCAAAAUGUAUACGACCAUCGCCGACACGUUGACUACGGGGAAUCAGGAACAUCCCACUACCCUGAGUCGUAAAUCUGGUAGCAAAUCUAAAAUAACCGCAUCACCAACUCGCAUAACCGCAUCCCUUAAAACUAAGAAAAACGCACAUAAAACUGUCGAUACGGAAAUAUCACCUGAAUCAAAGACCACGCCGCCUGUUAUGUCCAACAAUGUGACUCAAGCUCCGAUCCAGGUGGUGGUUACGACGACCACCGCUAGACCAACAAAGCACUAUACCAUCCGGCCGUUGAUUCGGACUACAGCUACGGAUACUGUGGAAACAGAAUCAACUUUGAACACGGAGAGCGACAGCACUGAGACGGUUGCAGUAUUUGAUACGGCCGGCACGACCGCCGAAAAUGUUAAAGUCACGCCUACGUUUAGUACCACUGAAAGUCGAUCUGAAACAGGAACGGCUAGUACUGGCACAGAGUCGACCACCUUAGUGGACAGUACGCUGGCGGAAGAACCCGACAGCCGCGAAGGUUACUUACCCCUACGGGACAAGCCGCCGCAGACACACGUCAAGAUCAAUGAACAGACUAAAAAAGAGACAGUACCGCUGCCCGCCGGCUCCACUUCUGUGUUAGCGAAGCCGACGAAAUACCACUACUAUCCUCAUAAUCAACACAUUUACCUACUGCCAGAGUGUGCUAUACAACAGGUGUGCAAUGCGGUAUACGUUCGCUUGAACUAUACACAGCCGCUAUGCGCGUGCCCAGCGCGCUACCGGGACCCUUGCUCGGCGAGCCUUAACGCGGAUGACCUGCAUACCACGCGCCUCACCACCGACUCCAAAAAGAAGUACGCGAAGAAAGCGGUAACAUUAGUAAAGACAUGCGAAGCAGUGUCCGAAAUGAGAGAAUGUCGCGCGCCAAGAGACUGGUCGUUGUUAGCUCUACAGAACAUAAGAACUGGGAAAUCACACUACUUGGUGAUCUGUCGAUGUCCAGACACUCAUAUAUUAGAGGGACCUAUGACGCAUGACCAGCCAACAUACGCAUCUGUUCCGGGUAUUAGAGUGUAUGGCAUGAUGUGUGUACGACCAUCUCCAGCCUUUCAAUCAGGUUACAAAGGAAAUAGAUAUACUAGCCCUUCAAGCACCACCAGCUCUUACAAAGUGGAUUAUUCUCAACCACACUCUUACUCAGAUAAGCCAGUCUACAACCGCUUCCAGUCGCACAGCUUUAUCGACUCUAAUUACUACAACAGAAGGUCGAGAGCCGCUCGUAUGCGACGAAUGGCUAGCCUAUACCCACCAUUUCCUUGGGACAAGGUUCAAGAACUAACACAAUCUUUACAUUGGACCAAUUAGGUUAUCAAAUGAGUUUCCACUGUCGUUACACUUUUACAUUAUUGCCAUCUCUAUUAUUCUGUAUGUUAAAAACAGAGAGAUAUGUAUGACGACGGUUGAAAUCAUAGAUAUGUUUAAGUUAUGUUGGGUUCAAAUAGGCCAUUGUAAUCUAAACGCCUUUUUGAAUUCAACGAAUACAUUAAUAGUAUUACGUACGCAAUUUUAAAACGCUUUACGAGUAUAUAGGCCAGGCCAUUCAAUUAAUGUUUGUAUUCAACGCCGAUGUAUAGUUUCCAUUCCGUAUGUUACAAAGGGAGGCAUAUAUAGAAAGUAAGUGCUUAAUUUAAAUUUCUAAGCCAGUUAUAUUGAUUAAAAAUUGCAUAGUUUUUUGUGUACACUGCAAGCCAUUUGUAGUGUUCAAAACAGUAUUUGAUUUUUUUUAACAUAUUUUAUGAUAGAAAAAAAAUAUGUUAUCCCCACCAAAACACGAUAUUAAAAAGGAAAAAAAUUACUCAACAAUAUAAUGUGAUAAGUUCUGUUAGGUGAUGAAAUUAUGUAAUUUCAAUGCAUUUAUAACUAUUUAAGUAAUUAGUUGAUAAA